GGGGGCGCUCGGAGUUCCCUCACUCCUUCUCUUUCUCACUCCCCCCGCAUUCCCCUCACGGCUCUCGCGCCGUUUUUCGCGGCGCGCGCGGGGCGCGUCGCGGCCGUGACGUCACUGCCGGCGCCAAGUGGCGGGAAAAGGCAGCGCUGGCCGCCAUGGCCCCGGGUGGGGAGGCAGUGACAGUGACAGCUUUAAACUCUGCCGCUGUCUGGAAAGGACCCGCGGAACCCUGGGCAGGUGGUGCUUCCUGCCCCGCUGGUCAGCCCCGUGAGGCGCUUCUGGAGUGCUGUGCCCAGCUCUGGGCUGUGCAGCAGAGCAGAGACACGGGGCUCCCGCAGCGGGACAAAGAUGAGGGGCCUGGAGCGUGUCCGUUAUGAGGAAAGGCUGAGGAGACUGCUGAGUGAGGGAAAUCAUCCCUGUGUAUAAAUAUCCAUGAGAGGGGUCAGGAUGGAUCCAGCCAUGGGACAGGAGGAACAGGCAGGAGCUGAUCACGGGAGGUUCCACCUCGUCAUGUCCAAGAUCCUGAAGUGUGCAGGGAACGAGGACAUCAUCACCCUGCGGGCCGAGGACAACGCCGACACCCUGGCCCUGGUGUUCGAGGCACCCAACCAGGAGAAGGUUUCUGAUUACGAGAUGAAGCUGAUGGAUCUCGAUGUGGAGCAGCUGGGAAUCCCAGAGCAGGAGUACAGCUGCGUGGUGAAGAUGCCCUCGGCCGAGUUCGCGCGCAUCUGCCGGGACCUGAGCCACAUCGGCGACGCCGUCGUCAUCUCCUGCGCCAAGGACGGCGUCAAGUUCUCCGCCAACGGCGAGCUGGGCAACGGCAACAUCAAACUGUCCCAGACCAGCAACGUGGACAAGGAGGAGGAGGCUGUCACAAUAGAGAUGAACGAGCCCGUGCAGCUGACGUUCGCCCUUAGGUACCUCAACUUCUUCACCAAAGCCACCCCCCUGUCCCCCACGGUGACACUCAGCAUGUCUGCAGAUGUUCCUCUGGUUGUGGAGUACAAGAUCGCUGACAUGGGACACCUCAAGUACUACCUGGCCCCCAAGAUCGAGGACCAGCAGGAUGGCUCUUAACUGGAGCAGGACUGGGGGCAUCUGCUCCUGCCUGGAGGAGCAAUUCCAGAGCCUUGGAGCAUCCUGGGAGCACUGUAGCCGUGUCUUGUAGAUAUAUUUGUAAAUAUUUUUCAACUCUCUGUUUUGCUAUCCUGGUACCAUUGGAAAUAGGAAAGCUGAGUUUUUCUAGUCUGUUCCUGUACUCCCAACAAUCUCUUGGAUGCUGUUGAAGGUGAAAUUUUUUACUUCUUUCAGCUGCCGUUGGAGAAGAGGGGCAAUAUUUAAUGGGUCAAGAUGUAUCCUGGAGUUUCCCCUGUGGAGCUGUAGCUUAGGGUUGCUGUUUUGUUAUCCCACGAGUUUAUGUGACCUUACUUCAUUUAUUUUUGAAGCUGAUAUUCUGAUUGAAAUUUGGAAAAUGAAAAUAAAAAAUAUAAUUUCCUGGA